UCUCGAUCUUCUUGCAGACGCUCGAGGGAAAGGACAGAUGCUGUCGGCGCGUUCGACGCACAAGCGGAAGCGAAGUGCAAAGAGGGGCGACGAUGCACGGGACCAAAAGGCCUCAGGGCGGGCCAUAGUCAUCGUCGCCGGCAGCGGUGGCAAGGACAGAUCUGGCGAUACAUGGGCGUGGAAGAGGCUGCGACGGGACCUUGUGGCCCAUCCGUUGAAUCACAGGCUCCAGCUUCUCAUUCCUCUGGCAAGCGACAAUGCGCCAUCGGAGCAGGAGCUCGCUUACACGUUCGACAGGCUCGUCGCGCCCGGCACGGCGUACCUGGCAUCGAUGCCCAUUGCGCUCCUGCUGGAUCCUAUCUUUGUGAGCGCAUACAUCAAGAACGGCAGCCUGAUCGCCCUGAGUGCCGGACGGCUCGACACCGACGACGUCUUUUGCCUCGACGGACGGGGCACGCUGCACCUCUCGCUCACCCGCGACACGUACCAGUCCCUUGGCCUCGUGGGCCGCCAGUCGAAGCUGGCACACACCUCGAGUGGCCGUGCAGGCGACCGCAGGUCUGGCGGUGUCGAGCGCUGGAGCGUCCGCGUCGAUCUGCUGUCUCCCUCGUUUGUGCCCGGAAAGCCCGGGUACGAGCGCACCCUCGCUCGACUGCGCUCGUGGGACGCAGCGAGGAGCGCUCAGGGGAGCCACGCCGCUUCCUUUGACGCUGCCAGCGGUCUCGGCUUUGCCUCUGGCUCGUCGUCGUCGACGGCUAUGCUGGGGACUGGAGACGGCUCCGACGGCUCUCGGCCAAGCUGGCGCGUCCUGCUCUAUCACUCUGCAAACAGCCCGACGGCAGAGGACGAGCGAGGCGAGCACGGCUGCGAGAUCACUCUUCCUGCCCGCUUCGCAGCAACAUGCACAUUGAAAUCGAUCCACCUCGAUGCACGCCGCACAACGAUGGAAGACGUCUGGCUGCCCGACCUGAGCACCUCGAAGCUGCGACAAGGCUGGCGAGAGGAAAAGGGAAAGGGAAAACAGGCCCAAGAGCACGGCCAACAAGACGACUGGCUUGACUGGAUCGAGGAGCUGCAGGAGCUGACGGCCUGGACAACACUCGCAGCCAACGGUGCUGAGUGCACACGGACAUUUAGUCGAGCAGAAUACGCAAACGGCUACCAGGUCGCCGAGCCGCGGACGCCAGCGCGGGUGCUGCUGGUCGAAUACGUCGGCUUCUUUUCGGCUGGCUUUGUCAAGGACAUCGUGGACGUCAUUGGGCAAUGGGCCUCUACGGCCUUGCGUAGAGAUGUUGGGUGGGCCCACGUCAGAUGCACUGGGUUUGAGGACGCGCCCGUCGCCUGGACUGCCCCCCUCCCCAUCAACCGCGCCUCUCCAGCCUUUGAAUUGACGGGAGUGGGAGAAGAGGAAGAAGAGGAAGAAGAAUGGCAAGCACAGCGGACAGGCAAGACUGCUAGACGGGCACGGUCAAAGAAGGUGGCCAGACGGUCUCACAUGACGACGCAAGACCUCAAUGAGCACGCGCGCGGGCCCGAGCUGCACGGUGGCAGCAAUGGCUGGGAGCUCUUUCUCUUUGGCCAAGGUGGGAGAAAGGGGACCACGCCACGAGAGGAAGAGUCGCCUGGGGCCGACUACAUCUACGUCGAGGAUGUCUCGUCGGUCUUGCGCAGCUGAGGCGAGGCAGAGCGGCGCAGGCGUAGAACUGUACUGUACUAUAUGCAUCAACACACUGGAGAGCAUUAGCUCGUGAUCGCCAUACCAUUCCACAAAAAUCGAUGUACAUGGUGGACCAGCAAAAGAGACAGGGGAGAAGAAACGUUCAUUUGGUACAGAAGAGCAGAGGCGAAGGCUACAUCAGGAGGCGGGCUAGUGGACGGGCGUGAUGAAGU